GUGGGCAGAGAGGCGCGAGCAGGAUGGCGGCGGCAGUGGCGGCGCCGGGGGCUGCUGCAGGGGCAGCCGAGAAGGAGGCGAGUCAGCAGAGCAGCCUGGGCGCCUACUCGCCCGUGGACUACAUGAGCAUCACCAGCUUUCCCCGCUUGCCCGAGGAGGAGGCGGCGGCGGCUGGCAGCGUCAGCGCGGCCGAGAGCUGCCUGCGCUCCAGGAAGGAGGAAGAUGCGUUCCUGGGAGAGCAGGACACCGAUCCAGACUCCUUCCUAAAAUCAGCUCGCCUUCAGCGUCUGCCUUCAUCUUCCUCGGAAAUGGGCAGCCAGGACGUCUCACCACUCCGGGAGACCACCAAGGACCCAUUCUCUGGGGACUGCAGCUGUCGCCAGGAUGGUCUGACUGUGAUCAUCACCGCCUGCCUAACGUUUGCUACAGGAGUCACGGUGGCCUUAAUCAUGCAGAUCUAUUUCGGUGACCCCCAGAUAUUUCAUCAGGGUGCUGUAGUCACCGAUGCUGCCCGCUGCACUGCUCUGGGGAUCGAGGUACUCAACAAGCAAGGCUCCUCAGUGGAUGCAGCCAUCGCCUCCGCCUUAUGCUCAGGAAUUAUUAAUCCCCACACAGCUGGCAUUGGCGGUGGAGGAGUAAUGCUGGUUCAUGACAUCAGGAAGAACGAGAGCCGGGUGAUUGAUUUCCGAGAGACAGCCCCCUUCAGCAUCCAAGAAGAGGGCCUUAGGAAGGCUUGGGAAACAAAGCCGGGUCUCUUGGUUGGGGUUCCAGGCAUGAUCAAAGGACUUCACGAAGCACAUCAGUCUUAUGGAAGGCUGCCAUGGAUACAGUUGCUGGGCUUUGCUGCAGAUGUGGCUGAGGAUGGAUUCAAUGUCACACAUGAUUUAGCUAUGGCAAUUGAAGAAGUGAGGCAACAGCACAACUACUCAGAAAAAUUCAGAAAGACCUUUCUUCCAGAUGGACAACCUUUGUUGCCUGGUACGUUUAUGAAAAGACCAGACUUGGCUGCUCUUCUAAACUUGCUCGGGUCAAGAGGGGUCUCACUUUUCUACAGUGGAAAUGUGACAGAAGAGAUCAUUUCUGAGGUUCGAAAUUUUGGUGGCAUCUUGUCGGAAGAAGACUUUAGCAACUACACGGUCUUGAUGGAAAAUCCAGUCCAUACAAUAUACCAAGGUCAUCUUGUUCUCAGUCCAUCCCCUCCACAUGUAGGCCCUGCACUGAUCACAGCUCUGAACAUCCUUGAAGGUUUCAAUAUCACCAGCCAGGUAGCCAGGGAAAAUAUUCUCCACUGGAUGGCAGAGACAUUAAAAAUAGUACUGGCUCUUGCUAGCAGCUUGGGGGACCCUUUCUAUGAUGCAUCUGUUUCUCAUACUUCAGAAGAAAUGAUGGGUCAGUCAACUGCAAACUUGCUGCGUCAACUGAUUAAUGAUUCCCAGUCUUCUGCCCCUGAUCAUCAUGUUCCACAUUUCUCUGUAGAAAGUGGUCCCUCUGCUAGCCAGGUCCUUGUAAUGGGACCUGAUGACUACAUUGUGGCCAUUGUAAGUUCCUUGAACCGGCCUUUUGGAAGUGGGAUUAUGACACCUUCAGGAAUCCUUUUAAAUAGUCAGAUGUUGGAUUUUUCUUGGGUGAAUAACACAGGGAACCAUUCCAUGAGGAAUUUUAUUCAGCCUGGAAAGAGACCUUUGUCUUUCUUACUACCCACUGUUGUUCGACCAUCAGAAGGGAUGUGUGGGACUUACCUUUGUCUAGGAGCCAAUGGUGGAGAUAAAGCACUAAGCAGCAUUACACAGGUUUUAGUCAAUGUUUUAACUUAUAACAAGAACUUGAGUGAGAGCCUUUCCUUAGGCCGACUUCAUCCUCAUCUUCAGUCUAAUGUCCUGGAGGUUGACAGUGAGUUUCCUGAAGAAGAUGUCAAGUUCUUAAGAAGCCAGGGUCAAGAUGUGGAAAGAGUUGAGGUGCUUUCCCUAGUUCAUGGAGCCAGAAGAACCAACAACUUCAUAAUUGGUGUGAAGGACCCAAGAAGUAUGGACGCAGAAGGAGCCACAAUCUUAUAGCAACUCCUGGAUGGGUUUGUUAAUGAAAUGAGGUCCCCCCCCCCCAAAAAAAAUACAAUGUGCAUGUUCCUAAACAGUCCUUUUAUCAUUCCUUCUGGUGUGGAACAAACAGUGUUUGUUGUGGGAUUAUACAUUGCUAAAUAGGCCCCGUCUGCAUUUCUGUAACUGAAACAAAGCAGCAAAAAAGGCUGAUAAAAACCACAAUAUAGCCCUUAGAUUUUUGGUUUUUUGAAUGAUUUUGAGUUACAAGAAUCUCAGGCAUUAUUAUAUUAGGAACACAGGGAACAAGUUUAAUUUAGACAGCAUUUUGUUUAGGACUGAUUCCUGCCAUUUAACAUAGCACAGAAAGAGAUUUCUAAAUGAGCAUUGGGAACACUCAAGAAGAAAGCCACAUAUGCUAUACCAUUGGAGUUUCUCUGCUCUGUAAAUGUACAUAUUUUGUCCUGAGGCAAGGUCUUUUAAGAACCAGUUUUACAGAUACAAGUUUAAAUAGGGAAGAUAACAUCUGUGAAGGGUGGCUUCACAGUGGCUGGUGUUUGUGAUGUUACAAACCUAUCUUCCUCCCCUCUAAUUUCUGCAGCCAUCUUGCAAUUUCAGUUAGUGUUUGUGGAGUUUUUUUCCUUUGUAAGGCAAGGAUAAGCACACAGAUGUAAACACAUAUGUGCUACUUAAACACACACACACUUGAUAACCUUCCUGACUCAUGAAGUUAAGUGAUAAACUGAUGGAUGAUGCAGGAUUUGACCUCCUCCUAUGCUUCAACAUCAGGAUGAGUUGGGUUCUUAUUGCAGGGGAAGAAGCUACUUCGAAUGCUCUUUAAAUAAUAUCCCUCUGUGUUCACCCAUAAAGGUAGCAA